AUGCCCGCAAGCAACACUCGGUCUCCUCGACUAUCUCAGCAGCUUCCAGCUAUUGUAAACUCACCAGAACCACCUCGUCCAACCCCUACCGCUACUACCGAACGCCCGUCCUCACUCACCGACACCUUCGCCUCUAUCUACCAGAAAGAUGCGCAGCGCCUCGGAUACCGCGUGCCCCACCCAUCUGGCAUCGAGCCCGACCCCUCCAAGAAAGAGUACUGCACACACUGGAUCAAGACUGGGGAAUGUGAUUGGACGGCUAUCGGGUGCAAGUUCAAACACGAAAUGCCCGGCAUCGAGAAGCUCCGUGAACUAGGCUUCAUCAGAGGUAUACCGAAGUGGUGGAAGGAGAAGUCCGCUAUCGGUCCCAGGCCGCCUACUUGGAUGCAGCGAAGGCUAGCGGCGAAUGAUGAUGCAGACCAGGAUGGUGCGAUACCAGAAGCAAGGGUGUUUCCCGACCCUUCGACAUUUCGAACGAGGAAGAGUGAAGAGCGUGAUCUACUUGGUGACGAUGUGCAGCAGCCGCGUGGUAUCUUCAAGAGGAGCCCGUCUCCCAGACCGGCUGCAUUGGGACGAUUGACUCCUCCACCAGCGCCAGCCACGCAACCGAUCCGCCGUGCUAGCCAAGUAUCAGAUCUGCUCAUCGAUCUUGACGAUACCCCUGCCCCUCCACCCAGCCCUGAGUCAUCUCGCAGUUCAGCGGCCAGCUCAAGAUCCAGUGAGGUGCACAUGUCCUCCAGUCGCCCUUCCACCUCGCCACCAUCAUCUCCCAGUAUCGAGUGUAAGACCUCGUCAUCCAUCGAUAGCAGAGUUCCCCCAAAGGCUUCCGUUCUCAAGAAGACAUCAAACAAAGACGCCACCACCCGGCGCCACUCCCAGCUCUCAUGGGCCUCUGAUACCGAAGACGACACCCCCGCUCCCGCCUAG